AUGGAACAAUCAAAGAAUACGGUGCAAACUAGUUGCUGCCGAGUAGACAAGAAAGCGACCAAAGAGAAAAACUGCGAUGAUUGUAAGACGAAAGAUGCUGAAAUCAACAAGCUCGGGAAACAAAUCAGGGAAUUGAUUGAGAAGAUGAAACAUGAGAACCAAUCAAAAGCCUCUCUGCAGAGGGAUCUAGACUGCCUUGGACUUUUGUACAACCAACUUGAAGAGAAAUAUGGACAUCUCGGUCACAUUCAGAGGGAAUAUUGGGAGGCGAAAUUCGAGAACAGAGAUGAAUUUGUCAAAAAGUGGGAGGAACUUGAUAAGUUUGUUCACGACACUUGGGAGAAAGAUCACGAGGAACAUCGAUACAUGCACCAAGUUAAGUGUGAGAGUGAUGAUGUUGCAGCGAAGAACGAAACCCUUAAAGCUCACAACAUUGAUUUGAUACAGACCAAUGCACAUUUUCGUAAAGAACAUGGAAGAAAGAAUAGCGAAAUCGACAGGUUGACAAAAGAACUUAAUCAUAGCACCAGUGAAUUGAAGAACCUCUCGGAAAGAAAUUUUCACUUGAAGAAGGAAUGGAAAGAAAUGCAAGAAGGGGUUCAAGGGGUGAAUGAGAUGUCACUUGAACACGAUCGUAUAUUGGGAAUCAAACAUGAAGCGAUUGAAAAAUUAGAAGAAGAAAAGAAAACACUGAGAACAAAAAUGACAGAAAUGAAAAUUCAAAUCGACACAUUAAGAGGUGACUAUUCGCAGCUUACCGAGCAAUAUUGCCGAUUACAGAACAUCUUGAAAGAAACGAAUAAGGAGUUGAAGGGAGCAAAAGACAUGGCAAGUGAAUACGAGAGAACAUUAAAAUCAAACAAAGACACUAUCAUAAAGUUAGAGGACGAAAAGAAUGCUACGGAAAUAAAUUUAGCUGAGUUAAAAAGCAAUUUAGAAAGAAUAGAAAAGGACCGUCUGACUGAAAAGAAUAAGAUCAAUGUUGCAACAAAAGAUAUUGGCACAUCUGAAAUUCAAAAUUCGUCGAAAUGGUGGCAUGGAGUGAAAAAGGACAAGAAAUUAAAUAGCUCGGGAACUAAAGUAAAUAGUUCGAUGAAGAGCAAUGGAGGCACGGUUCAGAAAAUCGAGCAUAUUCAAGCUGCGAGGCCAUCAAAAGAAGAAAAACGUGAGCAACAACCUAUGCACGAGUUCGACAGGCGCAUAGACAGCAGUGGUGGGUCUUUGUGGAGGUCUCAGUCUGCUGUAAGCGAUAAGAAACCAAUGAAAGAAAAGAAACAGGAGCAACAAACAAAUCUCUACAGUGACCUCCAGGGAUAUAUCAAAACAGUGGAUACAAACACACAGUUAAGACAAAAUAUGAUACAGCAUACUGAGGAAACAUAUAAGGUUGCAAUGUCAAACCUUGAACGACUUGAAAAGAUUCUGCAAGACCCAGCCUCUAAUGCUGCGGCCAUUGGUGGGUCUUUGUGGAGGUCUCAGUCUGCUGUAAGCGAUAAGAAACAAAUGAAAGAAAAUAACCAGGAGAAACAACCAAAUCCCUACAGCUCUGCGGGUUGUUAUGGGAAGAAAUACCAGACAGAGAAGGACUUGGCCACAAGUGAUGACGCUGAUACACUAACUAUCGACUCUGGGGUUGUGUCCGAUGCAUUUAGUAUUUAG